AUGGUGCCCAAAUCCAACAGCGAUCCUCCGCCAAAAGUUCGGCGUGAUCACAGUUACAUUCUUGAAGAGGCCAUUAAAAUUCCAAGCUCUCAUCCCCACAUUCAUCAAUAUAGUUUCCCUGUCAAAAUUGAGAAGAUGGUCAAGAAUGAGGAACAUGAAGAAAUGACUAAGAAAAUGAAGAGUUUGGAAAAGAGUAUAAGAGAUAUGCUUGGACUAGAAGGCCACAAAGGCAUCUCGUUCACUGACUUGUGUAUGUUUUCUCACAUCCAUUUGCCUUCUGGUUUUAAAACUCCAAAGUUUGACAAAUACGAUGGUCGCGGAGAUCCCAUAGCUCAUCUAAAGAGAUAUUGCAACCAAUUGAGGGGUGCAGAGGGCAAAGAAGAGUUACUUAUGGCCUAUUUUGGGGAAAUCUUAGUAGGGAUUGCAUCUGAAUGGUUCAUAGAUCAGGAUAUCACUAACUGGCACACAUGGGAUGAUUUGGCUCGAUAUUUUGUACAGCAAUUCCAAUAUAAUAUUGACAUUGUGCCAGAUCGCUCCUCAUUAGCCAACACGAGGAAAAAGACCACGGAAAAUUUUCGUGAAUAUCCUAUCAGAUGGAGGGAACAAGCUGCUAGGGUUAAACCAGCAUUGAAGGAGUCAGAGAUGAUUGACGUUUUUCUCCAGGCGCAAGAACCUGAUAACUUUCACUAUCUGCUUUUUGCCGUCGGGAAGACAUUCGCUGAAGUUAUUAAGGUAGGGGAAAUGGUGAAAAUGGCAUCAAGUCUGGAAAGAUUGUAA